AACCCCGGCACUGGAAUUUGAAACCAGGAACCGAACCGCGCAUUUUGACACGCCCGGCACAGCAUUGAGUGUGCGCGCGCGGUUGGGUGGAUCCUCGAAAAGCACGGGGCACCUCGGACCCAAAAACAUGACAUCGACCAGUUUCCCUGCCCGUUCCUGGGCCCUCUCCUCGGAUCACUCGAGCACCAAACCUCAACCCCUGGAGGCGCACGACACCAAAGGAUCGCACAACAACACCGACACACGCAGCGAGAACAACAAUUUGCACGCGCAUCGCCAAAACCACAAUUCGUCUAAACUGCCCACAUUUCGGUUUGUCGAUUUGAAGAAAAACCGCAUUUCACUCCCGUCGCUGCAACAACCCACCCCACUCGCGCCCGUUUUGUCGCAAACCGUCGCUGUUGAUCCCCUGGACCCAACUCGGCGCAUCCCUGAACCGUCGCAUAACAGCCUCCACCACUCCAGCAGCACCCCAACUCUUCCGGAUAAACCGGCUUCAUCCGAGUCAAAGGACAGCGCCGGUGCCGCGAGGACUCGUUCCCUCAAGUUCUAUCUCUCCCAGGCCGAAACCAAGUCCGACUGCUCAACCACAGCCUCAAAGCGCCCAGCGUCCUUUCCAGAGCCGCCCAAAACCGCCGGCGACACGUCUGCGGCGCAGUCGCAAACCACAUCUCUCCCGGUCCCAGGGAUCAGGCGUCGCCUGACCGAGAGCGCUGUCAAAGAAGCAGCAGCGCAGGGGCAACGGGUAUUGCUGUUGCCCAAGACCAUCGGGGCCACGAGAUCCGAGGGCAAAAAGUCGCGCCCCCCAAUCUCAUACAAACCACCCACCACGACCGACGCCGCCGCCACCUCGAGUGGGCGCGCCGUUAUUCCCCCUAUUAGAUCUUUCCGCUCUUCUGAAUCGCGCAAGAGCGUCACGGAUAUGCCCGCCCGAUACACCUCCGGAGACUCGUACAACGAAGACGCGUUGGAACCCAACCAGCGCGACCGCGCAUUACGGGCUCUUGAAGGCCGGCGCAACGAGGAGUUUUCGCAUCAACCCCCUUCCGACUCGGGCGAGAUGACCACGACGACCGAUAACGACAACACGGCAGACAUUUUUAUGAAGAUUGCACGAGAGGACCCGGCGCCUCGGGCGUCGGAGAAGCAAGCGGCGCCCGCAGAGCCGAGUGUUGUUUCACGAGUUGCCAGGGCCUCGCACCGCCGCCCUUUUUCAACAUCUACCCCUGCCUACGAUACACCUUCACCUCCCCGGCUGUCGCGUCGUCUUUCCGACCAACGCGAUGGCUCACGAUCUCGCCAGGCGGCUGACAACCACCAUCCCGUCCAACCACUGAUGCGAGAGUCGUCUUAUCGGACGCCCGGGAGAGAGAAUCUACCUCCCAUCACCACCAGUGCUGACAAUUCGAGCCGUUCGCAGGUUGGCCGGAGCUCCAUGAGGCCAUCCCCCGUUACUCCCAAGCAAAUCUCGUUCAAAGAUUCCUUAGGAGAGAGUAGCUCGUCCUACCAGCGCAGAAGGCAGUCACUCACGGAAAACAAUAACCUCUCAUCCCCGAGGGUGACCCAGUACAGGAACGCAAACCUCGUAAUGACUCAGGCUCGGACUUACCACUCCUCCCCUUUGGUUCCCAAAUCCGCAAAUGUUCAGCCGGAUGAACCUCAGCCUAAUAGCUCAGAAACAAACCACGGCGUCGAGGGAACCGAAUCUUCUUCGUCGACGGCAGCACCAUCCACUGUUUGGGAUGAGCUCGACGAGCUAAAGUCGAGGAUCCAUCGGCUGGAACGGACGGGUAAAAUGCCGCCCACAUCUGGUGGGAACGUGUCUAGAUCAUCUGACGAGCGCCCACGAACUGCAACGACAAAUGCCACAACCGUAUCCGCUUCCCCCAAGCGCGGUUCAGGGCCCGGUUCGUCACACGCAGAGGGCCACAGUAACAGCACCGCGAUGUUACCACGCGAGGCGCAACCCCUACUCCUAUCCGCCCUUAGCAAAACGAAGAAUCUGCUCAACCCAGACGUGUUCAGCGCCAUUGAAUCAGCGGCGGCCGACGCCAUGACCCUAACGGCACUAAUCGGCGCCAUUGGCCAACCAGGACCGAUUUCGAGCAGCGCGAGCACGAUUGGAGGAUACAACGGCAGUGUUACAGACAGGCAGCUACGCAAGAAGGCAGACAGCAUUUGCAGGUCCCUGACCGAACUGUGCCUCGCGCUGGCUGACCCGACGGGGCGAACGAAGGAACCCCAACCGGCAAGGGUCGUUCUAGAUCAAGGGGCAAUGAUAAGCCCCACCACCACCAACGCUUCUCUAGACGUGGUUGCGCCCCAGAGACGGCCUAGCGCCGUCGCGGAAACGGUAAUAAAGGCAAGCACGAGCCCAAGGGCCCCGACAUCCCUAGAACAAAAGAGGAAGACGAUGCUAGCCAGCAUCUCGCUCCCCACCGCCCGCUACGCCACGGCCCCUACCACACCGCUGGACUCUACUGCCGGGCGCAAAUCAUCUCUCCUCUUGGCCCGGAUCCGCCGAACGGCAACCGAUGAACCCGAAGAGGCCCCUCAGGGCGGCAGAAGGUCAUCGUUAAUGUUGAGGUCCAGGAGGAACGGGUCGGAAGAGCCCGAGGAAAGAGGCGAAGGGCGAAACGAAGGCCGAACCGAAGGCCGAAACGAAGGCCGAAAGACAUCUCUCCUCCUCCGCAGUCGAAAAACCAUGAGCGAAGAUGAGGACGAGUCGCGCGCCCGAGGCCCCUCCAGGGCAGUCACCGAAGUAAACAACUUCCGCAUGAAUCCGCGCGAAUCCACCAUGGCUGUCCACAAUCAUCAAGCUCCCUCCGAGAUCCCGGCCACCCCUUCCGCGCUGCCGCGUCGCAGGAUGAUCCCAGCUGCCAUCGCCACCCGUCUCGCCGCCGCGGUCCCCUCUGCCUCAACACCGAGCACGCCAGCACGCAAGUACCUCGAACGCAGCUCGCUCCCAGAACGCGGUGCGCAGCCGGAACGCGGUGCGCAGCAGGAACGGGGCGCCUACCAGGACCGGGCCUCGUACCUCGACCGCAGCACGCACCAAGAGCGCGCCAUCAACACCCUCUCGGAGAGGCUCGCCGAAGAGCGCGGCCAACAGCAGCGCCAGGCCUCGCUCGGCCAGAGCGGCAUGCUCAGCAGGACCGGCAGCCUCGGCCGCCGGACGCGCGAGUCCGGCAUCCCCAGUCUCCGCUCUUGAGGGUUGAGGGGAGGCCCAUCACAACGAAUUCCGCAACAAAUUAGACACGAGAGAGCGCCGGGCCGGGGGGAGGGGGGCGCAGAUGACGCCGCAAACGACACAUGAUGAACUUGGCGUAUAUUGUUACGUUCACACGACUUGUACCAAUACCGAUAUAUGCAUGUUUGCCGACGGGCGGCAUGGCGUUUAAGUCUUUUUUGGGCAUCAUCGGAUAUAGGACACUCGCAUUUAACGACUUGUUUUUUGCAUCCAGCAUUCAGCAUUGCAUCGUUACCGUUGCAUUUUAUGCAUUUUGCACUUUUUUUCUGGUCGGUUUGGAGGAUUUGGAAAAAAGAGGACAUUGGGCGGUAUGGUAGUCUUGGAAUUAAUCAUGGCGUCUUGGUUUCCACGACUGCCUAGGUACGCAGAGAUGAAACGCCCAUGGGCAAGGAGGACGAAUGG